AUGGACUCCAGCGAGCCCUUACUUACUUUUCGGAAUGAGCGCAGGACCUGGUACUGGAAUCAGUUAUUUCAGCAGAGUGCCGUGGGGGAGUUGGGGGACGGGGUGGUUGACGUUGGCAAAGUAGGCCCAGAGGCAAAAGAUGGCACCUGGGGAUCAGCGACUUUUGUCAUCGGCUGUGCGUCCAGCAGACAUCACAGUAAUAUCGAUGAGGUGGGCCCAGCAGGCAGAGAUGUGGCUCUGAAGUUGGCAGAGAUGGCAGCGAGGCAGAGGAGAAUCAGCCCAGAGAGAGAACCCAAGCCCCAAACCUACAUUCCCAGUGCCAGGAAUGACUUUGGGAAACUGGCACACUGGCUGCUUCAGUUCUCCAGAUUAAGAAAUUUAAUAACGAAAAUUGCUAUUCGUGACAAGGAAUACAGUUUAGAGUCACUAAAUCAAUCACAAAAGGGGAUGCACACUGAAGAGGAUUUGAGUGCAAGGACUUCUGUGCAAGAACAAGGUUGCAUGGGGAAUCCUCAGGCAACUUAUAAUUCUACUCAGGAACUGAUGAUGCAUAAUAAUGGCAUCCAAGGAAAUUUGGAAACAUUUCUCAACUGUCUCCAUGUCGCACUUCAGGAAACCGAUGAUCAGGAUAAGGAAGAGAGCAAUGUUGAUGGUCAUCAGCGAGAGUUCAGCAUGCUUGUGUUGAUUCAUUCCAUGAGGAUAAUUCAGCUGUGUCCUCAUACACCUCGGCAAGAAUACUCGGCUCACUUUGUCCAACUUCUCCAAAAUGCUAUGAGGUCUUUGAAUUACUUGAAUGAACGCAGACGUCGGGUUUGGAAUGAUCCGUAUCCUUCCAUGAACUAGAACAUGAAGCUGACAUCAUGUAACAGUGUUUACAUGCUUUUAACUAAUUUUUUAAAUGUUUUACAGCAUAGAACAACUGUGAACAUGAAAUUUUUAGUUGUGCUUUGAAAAUUUUUUUGACUUAAAUUUCUUUAUACUGUCAACACCAAAGAUGUUUCUAUCUAUAAGCUGCACUGAUUUCAAUCUUGAGCUUUUGUAUCAUUUGUCCUUUGAUAUUAACGUUCUUUCAGUUCGUAUAAGCCCCUGUAAUUGCACAUUAUGUUAGUUGAACAGGGAAUGAUUUUAGACUGAAUGUAACGUUUCACCAAUUUAUCUACCUCCUUCCUGGUGCUUUUUGUAUUUCUCCGUUGCCCUCCACCUCAUCCAUGUUUAGAAGAAUGAAGAGUAUCUCAGAAACACAUAUAAAAUCCUAACAGGAUUAAAAAGGGUAGGUGCAGGAAGGAUGACUGGGCAGACCAGAAACAGGAGUCACAUUUUAAGAAUAAGAGAUGAGCAGUUUACAACAGAGAUGGGGAGGAAUUUCGUUACCCAGACAGUGGUGAGUAUGUGGAAUUCUCUGCUUUAGGAAACAAUUGAGGCCAAAACAUUGAAGACUUUCAAGAAAGUUGUAGAUAUAGUUCUUGAGACUAAAGGGAUCAAAAGGUAUGGGGAGAAAGCAGAAGAGUUAAAUGAUCAGAAAUGGUCACAUUGAACAGCAGAGCCAGCUUGAAGGGCUGAAUGGCCUACUUCUGCUUAUAUAGUCUAUGUUUCUGCCCUCCUAAUGGAUGGAAAUCACCGGACCCAGUGUUGAUUUAAGCCCAGUCCUUCUACCUGAGCCCAGUGGCCCUGUGCCUUAACCAAACAUAGUGAUCCAUCCCCCUCUUGUAACCACAGCACAAUAGGCCGGCAGUUAUUAGGCUGAUACCACCACCUCCACCAAAAUCCCCUCCCUGACAGAGCCCUGGUGCAGACUCCUGCUGCAGGAGUAAGGAAGCUCUACCAUGAUGCCAGUCUGCACAUGUGCAGUUGGUGGGGAGGGGAGGGUGGUUAGGAUGGAAGCAGUGGCGUAGGGCUAAUGUCACUGGAGUGGAAGAAACUCAGGCAAAUGGUGACAUCAGUGUAACUAAUGGGAGUUAAAUUCAAAUACAGGGGGUCCCCAAUUUGUAAACAUCCAUUUUACAAAUGCUCAUACUUACAAACAUCAUCCCAUACACAGGGGUGUAGUUUUAAAGAUCCAACGUGCAAAUGUUUCCUGCACUUACGAACAGCUAUUUUAUCAAGGACUGCACUGUGUUUCAACUUAUGUGCCCAGUGACUUGCAGACCCAGGGACUGUCCGUAAUACAGUUUGAAACUGAAAGCUAGACUUAGCAAUGGUGACCACGAGGCUAUGAUCAAUUGUUGUGAAAACCCAUCUGGUUCACUAAUGCUGUUUAGGAAAGGAACUGUGCCUGGUUUGGACUACAAGUGUCUCCAGGUCCACAACAAUGUGGUUGGCUCUGAAAUGGCCUGACAAGUAUCAAAAAUAGGAGUAGGCUAUUUUACCCUUUAAAUCUUUUCCACCAUUCAAUAUGAUCAUGGCUGAUCAUCCAACUCAGUCCCUUGUUACAGUUUUCUCCUUCCCUUUAGCCCAAAGUACUUUAUCUAACCCCUUGUUGAAAACAUUCAGUGCCUUGGCCUCAACUGCUUUCUAUGACUGUGAAUCCCACAGGCUCACCACUCUCUGGGUGAAAACAUUUGUCCUCAUCUCGGUCCUAAAUGGCCCGCCUCACACUCCUAGCCAUCAGGAGCAUCCUUCCUGCAUGUGGGAAAUAAAUGCUAGUCUUGACCUCCCCAUCCCUUGGGGGGGAAAAAAUGAAGCAUUGCUGCUCUCCUGACUCACCAACUCAUUCCCCGCUGCAAACACAGCUCCAGAGGGGGCCAAGGAAUUUAAUAAACAUUAUCGAGGGCUUUCGGAAAAUACAUCGCUACCUCAUCCAAUUGGACAUUCAUCACACUAAUCCAUAUCAGAGUGCAACUGUGGAAGGCAUCACAGUCAGGCAAUUCUGUUCUAGCUCUUGGGACAUGUUUGUUGCUAAAUUUGUUGGGGGGUGGAAUUGGAGUGGGUUGGGUGGGUGAUGGGGUGACAUUUAAUUGGCAUUAAUGCAGGCAACACCCUUGUGUCUGUCCUUAAAAGUUACUCAUAGCCCAUUUCUUACAUUAAAACAGUUUCAAAACUAUUUUGAAAAAAUUGGAGUUUGCAUUCUAAAUAAAUCACACUACAAUGCACCUUUACCAUUUUGUUUUGAUAUCUUCAAAUCUGUCCCACAGUUGCACAGCAAACCCAGAUGAAUGUCUCCUCAUAGAACUCUCCACUGGAGAAAACAGACAGUUUUCCAAUUAACUGCUCACCAAAUGUGACAAGAGUGUAUGUACCAUACAGUCUCAAUAUUUGUACUGAGCAAAAUUAAUGUCCUUUUAAAGUAAUUUGUUGUUAAAAUGCUGCUAAGGAAAAUGAUACAAAUGCUGAAGAGAAUUUGUAAAAUCAUGUCUAUUUUUCUGUUUCUGUCUUGAUACCUAUUUAUUCAGAUAAAU